AUGGCCUCAACAUAUUCAGCGCCAACUGUUUCGCCGUCAGCAGAGCAGGAGACCCUCAAAGCUCUGACAUUCCAACGCCUGCAUCCGAAAGCGUACCUCGAACGCUUCCUGGCAGAAAAUGUACGACCGGAUGGACGCGAACCCACGGAGUGGCGAGACGUUUCGGUGAAUGUAGGCUCAAUAAGUACGGCAGACGGCUCUGCCCUCGUGCGUCUGGGAGACACCACUGUCGUCUGCGGCGUGAAGGCUGAGAUCGCAGAGCCAGAGUUGGAUAGUCCGGAGGAUGGAUUCUUGGUGCCAAACCUUGACCUACCCGCGAUAUGUUCUCCGAAAUUCAGGCCAGGUCCCCCGAGCGACGAAGCCCAAGUGCUGUCAGAUAGAUUGAAUGAAACACUUGUGUCGACUGGCGUCAUUUCAACUCGCUCGCUCUGCAUCGAGUCCCGCAAAGCCGUCUGGGUGCUCUACGUAGACGCGACAUGUAUAAAUUAUGACGGUAACGCGCUCGACGCGACUCUCGUUGCCAUGAUUGCUGCUCUGCAGAACACCCGCUUGCCGAAGGCUACAUUUGAUGAAGACACCGGACGCGUUCUCUGCACGCGGAAGGAGAUGAUUCCUCUGCAGAUCAGCCGCUUCCCACUCUCAAUGUCAUUCGGGGUCUUCGAUGGCACGCAUAUACUGACCGAUCCGACGUCGUUUGAGGAGCCACUACUAGACACGACAUUCACCGUCACCGUCGACGAGAACGGCGGGGUAAUUUCAGUGGUGCAGCUCGGGCUUGCUUCUCAAGAUGUUUUGCGAAAAUGUAUUGCCACCACCAAGAGUCGGUAUAGACAGCUUGCUAAACAAGUAUACGCUUCCUCAUGAAGCUUUAUCUC